AUGUUAAAAACGGAUCUCAUUUCCUUCUCGACCAUUGCAUGUCAGUACGUCUUCUGGCAUUCUUCUGCGCACGUCUUGGGCGAGGCACUGGAACAGGCUUACGGUGGUCAUCUGUGCUAUGGACCUCCUGUGGAAGAGGGAUUCUAUUACGAUAUGUGGUUUCCACAAAACUUUAUUGUUAUUACUAUUGCUACCACUGUGAUUAUGAAAGCACCAAAACACGUGUCAUCUGACCAAACGGCCUUAUGCUGUUCGCUGCCUACAAACAUUAAACAAAAUAACGCCUUUCUAAAUCCACGAGAUCCUUUCAACAUAGGGGCUUUUGACAUCCGUACUCUAUGUCAAAUUGGCAAACAGGCAAUGCUUGCUGUAACCUUGUACCCCCUUAAAAUCGAUGUAUACUGUGUCUCCGAAACACGCAUACAAGACCCGAGCGUGAUUAUGCAUCUCAGAAUGCUAAGCAUGAACACAGCUCUUUCAUAUUUCUCUCUCCGUGUGUCCGGUGACCCAGAAGCGAUGACUCGUGGAAUAUAUGGCGUGGGAGUCACACUCAACCCCAGAGCUGAACAUGCUUUACUGGAUUGGAUCCAAGUGAACAGUCGCCGAUGA